CUUCCGGUUUCUACUUUCAAGAUGGCAAAUUCCCUUGUAGGAAGACAUCAAAUCCCCGUUCCUCUCAAGUGAGUCGAAGAUAACAUUAUGAAAAUCAACCUACUAUACGAUAAUUGCCGUAAAACAUGGCCCAAAGCCGUGUGCGCGUUUGCAAACGUUUGCGGCGACAUCAGCUGCGCAAUCUGGUUCGUAGUUUUAGUGCCACAAAUAUGGAAGAAUUGUAAGCGUCGAUCUGUCGAGGGACUUAGCAUUCUUUGGGCCACUGCGAACUUUACAGCCUCGCUGGUAAACUGUUUCUUCGCUUUUUCUUUUCCGCUGCCUGUGUAUAUCAGAGUGUCAGCGGCAUAUAUGCCCUUUUUAGAGUUUGCCAUAUUAUUACAGUUUUGGUUCUAUUCCAAGCACUCUGUGAGAAUGAAACUAACCUACGGCGCUGGCUGUUUUCUAAUCUGGAUCGCAGUGAUCAGUUUAGAACUCUCUGUUGCCGAUGCCGAGGAAAAUUUGCAGUGGUUGGCAAUCGUUCUGUGGUCUAUUGAGUCAUUUCCGCAGGUUAUUUUGAAUAUGCGCCUUCGUUCAACAGAUGGUCAGUCCACAUACUCAGUUGUACUUACACUUGUUGGUAAAACCACUGAUUUCUUCGCAACUUAUCUUCUGCUUUUACCACCACAAUAUGUUGUCAUGACCUAUUUUUCAAGUACCAUGGCUUUCAUCAAUGGAAUACAG